GUCACUCACGACAGGUUACAUAACCUCAUUUUCAAGUUUUAUUUAUUGUUUAUUUAUUUUAUUGUGGUUUCGGUUUGAAGUGUGUUUUAUGUUUAUUGCUGAUUUAACUUGACUUCCUCUUUACAAUACUUUAAACGAAUUUUGCUUUUCUUGUAAUUUUAACUUCAGUUUAAUUUAAUGAGUAUUCUUUGAAUCCGCUGGACUAUUUCACGAGAAAAUCAACUUUCGGUUUUCUUCAAAAUAAAAUAGAAAAUGUUCCUACUCAAGAGAAUUUCCAAAGUUCCGAUAAAAGAAAGUUAUUGCUGUUUUCGCACUAGGAUUUUCAGUAAAAGAAUUUCCAAGUUAGCUGCUGAAAGUAAAUCAUGUGAAGAGAAAUCAAAUCUGCUGAUUAAAAAGUAUGAACCAAAAUUACUGUAUAACAGCUUUAUUGAGUCACGAAGAAUGAAUUUUGGCUUUAAGAAAAAUGCAGCCGCUUUAUCUAAUCGGUCAAGGUUUGAGGAACGUAUGAGAAUAGCACUCCAAACUGUACAACCUUUACCGAUAUCUUUAAAAUAUUCCCUGGAUGACAAUAAUUGUGAACAAACCGAGGAACAAACAUUGCCAGGAAAAUUAAUAAUGGAUAAAGAAAAUAUCGUAGAUACAGAAGAGGCAGAGCCUUCUACAAACUUUCCACCGAGCUUUCCACUUAACUUUGAUACCAAAGUAGAUGAUAUUAAUUUUGUUAAACUAAAUAAACCUGAACCAAUCACAAUAAAAGAUGAAUUGGAAGCAAAGAAAAAAUUUUUGGACAAAAACAAUGAAAACUGGAUGACCCACUAUGAAAAUUAUGAACAAGACCUAAUAUAUGAUGAGUCUGAUAACUCUGAAGUGAAUUAUGGAACACCAGAUCCUAAAUGUCCAAUGAGCAAAAAACCUUGUGGUGGUUGUGGAGCUCAUCUUCACUGUCAGGAUACUGCAAUACCAGGAUACAUACCAUCAGAAAUAUUUAAAAACUGUUUUAAUCCAGGUGGUGCAAAUUUGGAAUCAAUUCUUUGCCAACGUUGUCAUUUUUUAAAAGAAUAUAAUGUCGCUCUUCAAGUGCGAGUCUCGCCAGAUGAUUAUCCAAAAAUUUUACAAAAUAUAUCUUUUAACUCAGCGUUUACUGUUUUAAUAGUGGAUUUAACAGAUUUUCCUUGUUCAAUAUGGCCAGGAAUUGCUGACAUAUUAGGACCAAAAGCGCCACUAGUGGUUGUUGGAAACAAAGUUGAUUUAUUGCCAAAGGAUGAUAGAUAUUAUUUGAAAAGAGUUAAGGACGUUCUUCUAGAUAACCUAAAGAUGAACGGAUUUGGUUCUGCCAAUAUUAAACACAUUGAAUUGAUUUCAGCUAAAACGGGAUUUGGGGUAGAAAAUUUAAUUUCAGCGUUGCAGAAAGUGUGGAGAUAUAAAGGUGACGUGUAUCUGAUUGGAAGCACUAAUGUCGGAAAGUCAAGCCUCUACAAUAUUCUGCUGCAAUCUGACUUCUGCAAAAUUCAAGCUGCAGAUCUUAUUCAGAGAGCCACAACAAGUCCUUGGCCUGGCACAACUUUGAACCUAUUAAAAUUUCCUGUGGCUAGGCUUUCUGGUCACCGCAUGUAUGUGCGUCAAAAAAGGCUUGAAGAGUUGAGAAAAAUCGAAGAUAAACAGGUUAAAUUGAAUGAAAAAGCUUUGCAUGAACAUAAUGUACCCAAAUAUGCCACUCUUAUGGGACAUAUCGAAAGAUCUAUUGAACCUAAAACAACAGAUGAUGUACUAAUGGAUAAUUUUACAACAGUAGGUAAUUCAAAUCUCUCUGGCAAAACCAAGAUGGGAAUAAACGAAAACCUUGCCGAAUUUGCUUUUGGAAAAUGGUGCUACGACACUCCUGGUGUUGUACACCCAGAUCAAAUCUUACAUUUAUUGACCACUGAGGAGCUUGUGAAGACCUUACCCAAAGAAAUUAUUAGACCAGAGUCAUAUUGCAUUAAACCUGGAACAAGUUUGUUUAUUGCUGGAUUAGCUAGGUUGGAUUUUGUAAAAGGACCAAAUCCUAUAAGAUUGACAGUUUUUAAAGCAAAUCCCUUACCAAUUACAAUAUGUAAAACAGAGGAAGCUGAUUCAGUAUAUGACGAGCUUCUAGGAACUAAACUAUUUAUGGUCCCUAUUUUCAACGAAGCCAGGGCGCAAAAAUGGCCUGGUUUGGAAGUAUCCAAGUUGUUUACAGUGUUUGGGAAAAGUAUUAAGGAGUCUAGUUAUGAUAUUGUUCUUUCAAACGCAGGAUGGGUUGCAAUAAAUUGUGGUCUAGCACACUAUGAAUUUAAGGCCUGGACGCCAGAAAAAAGGGGAGUUUAUCUUAGAGACAGUUUAUUACCAAAGGCUGUGUGCUUAAGAGGUCGAAGGAUAAGGGAUAGUGUUGCAUAUAGAAAAAGUAGAUUUAUAUAGGUUUGUUGAAAUAAAAAAUUGUUAAAACUUUAUUUUUUGUUCCAUGUCUGUUC